AUGGAUACGAUCAAAGUUGGGGCAGUUGGAGGACGUGGUGGAUCAAUUUGGGAAGAAGAAGGAGAUGAAUUAGUUGGAAUUUUUGUUUCUUAUGAUGAGGACAUAGUUUAUUCACUUCAAUUCCUGAAUUAUGUGAAUGGCAAAUUAGAUAUGUCAGCUAAAUACGGAAAUUAUCAAUUUUUUGGUGGAUUUCAUGGCACAGAUAAUUGUAAUGGCAUUGAGAGUAUUGGGUUUUAUGUUAAGAAUAUUUCAUCUUCUCAUGUAAUCAAGCUCAAAGAUUCUCCAGUUAAGGUUAAAGAGGAAAAAUAA